CCGAACCGCUCACCAGCUCCAGCAUCAAGCUGUCUCUCUGUCUGUCAUACCAACUCAGAUCGCCCGGCGCAUUCCAAGCCCGAAAAUGGAUGUGGCUGUACUGCGAGGUCGCAUUGUCGCGACGCUUGACGCCGACGCGGAUGCUCGACGCCGUGCUGAGCUCGACCUGAAGACUGCUGAAGAACACCCGGGCUUCACCGACGCGCUGCUGGAUAUCCUGCAGGCUGAGCAGGAAGCUUCAGUUCGCAUGUCAACCGUGGUUUACCUCAAGAAUCGCAUCACACGAGGGUGGUCACCGAGCGAGGACUUCCCGCAGAACAAGCCUAUACCCGAAGAUGAGAAGCAAAGAUUUCGAGACCGUCUCCUUCCUGUCCUUUCGUCUUCCCCAGCACAGAUUCGCCAGCAGCUGGUCCCCGUCCUCCAGAAGAUUCUUCACUACGAUUUUCCCGAAAAAUGGCCGGCUUUCAUUCCCAUCACGGUGCAACUCCUGAACACCAACGACGCCUCCUCCAUUUUUGCAGGCCUCCAGUGCCUUCUCGCUAUUUGUCGCGUCUUCCGCUUUAAAUCAGGGGAGAACCGAACCGACUUCGAUAAGAUUGUGGAGGCUACCUUCCCACGGCUUUUGACUAUAGGACAAGGUCUUGUUAAUGAGACAAGUGAGGAUGCUGGGGAGAUGCUGCAUAUAGUGUUGAAGGCGUAUAAGCACGCAACAUUCUUCGAGUUAUCCGCCUCUUUGAGAGCACAGCCUGUGGUUAUUGGGUGGUGCUCGCUCUUCCUUCAUACUGUUGCUAAAGAAGUGCCUCCCACAGCCUUGCCGGAAGACCUCACAGAGCGUGAAGCCAACCACUGGUGGAAAGCUAAGAAAUGGGCAUACUUCAAUCUCAACCGCUUGUUUGUCCGCUAUGGCAACCCAUCGUCACUGCAGAAAGGGAAUGGGGAUGACUACACAGAAUUUGCCAAGAGCUUUACUGCCAACUUCGCACCCGAAAUUCUCAAGGGAUACCUUCAACAAAUCGAGAAAUGGGUGGCCAAGACGACAUGGCUCAGCAGACCCUGCCUAUCAUACACUCUUGUCUUUUUAGAUGAGUGUGUUCGACCUAAACAAAUGUGGGCUCACCUCAAACCACAUCUUGAUACUCUUGUUACCCACUUCUUGUUCCCGGUCAUGUGCCUUUCUCAAGACGAUGUUGAGAAAUUCGAGUCUGACCCCGAGGAAUAUCUUCACCACAAACUCAACUAUUACGAAGAAGUCUCCGCCCCGGAUGUUGCUGCAACAAAUUUCUUGGUCACACUCACGAAAGCCCGGAGAAAACAAACCUUUACUAUUCUGGCGUUCGUCAACAAGAUUGUCAGCGACUAUGAAUCAACUGAAGAUGACAAGAAGGAUCAUAUCGCAAAGGAGGGAGCUUUACGGAUGAUUGGAACCUUGUCGAGUGUCAUUUUGGGGAAGAAGAGUCCAAUUGCUGAGCAGGUUGAGUACUUCCUGGUUCGGUUCGUUUUCCCAGAUUUCCGAAGCUCCCAAGGAUUCUUGCGAGCACGAGCUUGUGAUACUGUGGAGAAAUUUGAGCAGCUUGACUUCAAGGAUCCCAACAACCUCUUGAUCAUCUACCGCAACAUUCUUGAAUGUAUGGCCGACCAAGAGCUUCCAGUCCGUGUCGAAGCCGCUCUCGCACUCCAGCCUCUCAUCAGACACGACAUUAUCCGAACCAACAUGCAGACAAACAUACCCCAAAUCAUGCAACAACUCCUGAAGCUCGCAAAUGAGGUUGAUGUUGAUGCACUGUCAAAUGUCAUGGAAGACUUUGUCGAGGUCUUCGCGACAGAAUUAACUCCAUUUGCUGUUGCUCUGAGUGAACAGCUGCGGGACACUUAUCUCCGGAUCGUCCGAGAACUUCUUGAGAAGAACGAGAAGCGCGAAGACGACGAUAGCUACGGCGACUACCUGGAUGACAAGAGCAUUACUGCUCUUGGAGUCCUUCAAACAAUUGGCACUUUGAUUCUUACUCUGGAGAGUACUCCUGAUGUUCUCCUCCAUAUGGAGUCGAUUUUGAUGCCAGUCAUUAAGGUCACACUGGAAAAUAAACUAUAUGAUCUUUACAACGAGGUAUUCGAGAUCAUCGACAGCUGUACUUUCGCUGCUAAAUCGAUUUCACCAACUAUGUGGCAAGCUUUUGAGCUCAUCCAUGCCACCUUCAAAGCAGGUGCAGAGCUCUAUCUCGAAGACAUGCUUCCUGCACUCGACAACUUCGUGCAGUACGGAGCAGCACAUCUCGUCCAAACUCCGCAAUACUUGGACGCCAUGUUUUCAAUGGUCCAAGACAUGUUUGCAGACGAGAAAGUUGGUGGAGUGGAUAGGAUUUGCGCUUGCAAAUUGGCUGAAGGCAUCAUGUUAAGUCUACGUGGCCAUGCAGAUCAAUACGUUGUGGCAUUCGUCGAAAUGGCAAUGCGCACUUUGACCGACUCGCAAACCAAGGUGAAGUCGUACAAGAUACAUCUCAUGGAAAUGGUUAUCAACGCCAUUUACUACAACCCUGUCUUGGCUCUCCAUGUCCUCGAAUCGAAAGGAUGGACCAACAAAUUUUUCAGCUUGUGGUUCUCAAGUAUCGACAGCUUCACCAGAGUCCAUGACAAGAAGUUAUCAAUUGCGGCUAUUGUCGCGCUGCUCACGCUAAAUGCUGACCAAGUCCCAGUCAGCGUUCAGCAAGGCUGGCCCAGACUGUUGCAGGGAAUUGUUCGUUUGUUCCAAACUCUCCCAGCUGCGACCAAGAACCGCGAAGAGGCUCUUAAAGAUGACUUCCCACUCGAGGGCUCUGCUUAUGACGACGAGGAUGAGGAGGAUGAGUGGGCUGGUGACGAUACUGCGUGGAAUGAUGAGACGGAAGUUGAGGACGAGACUGAUGGCAGAGAUGAGAGUAGUGCUUAUCUCGAGUUCUUAAACGAGGAGGCCCAAAAAUUCCAAAAUCUGGAAGACAACGAUUCGGAUGAUGAGCUCGGGGAGGAGAGCCUCCUUGAAACACCACUUGACAAGAUUGAACCUUACCAACUCUUCCGAAACGCCCUUCUAAAACUUCAACAAGAACAACCCCAGCUUUAUGAAUCUCUCACCACAAAUCUCAACCCUGAUGAGCAAACAAUAGUGCAAGGCGUCCUUCACCAAGCUGAUGCUAAUGCCCAAGCUGCAGCCGCAGCGGCGGCGGCCAUCGCUCAGAUUCCCGGGGUCGUCGUCAACGGAGCCCAAUGAGUCCAGUUAAAAUGAUGAAUUGCAAUUGGAGCGGAUUUACAAUGGUUGCUCAAGCGAUCUGCAUGGAAGGCGUUUUUAUUGACGGCUCGUCUGUCUGUCUAUCAGAUGGAAGAGUUUUGGCUGGUCUCGUGGAUAUGCGAUUGCUUUUGAUGGGAAAGCGUGUCUGGCAAAAAGAAUUGGCUAACCGACUGAUGACAACUCAACUGAAUUGAGAUGACUUGGGUGACCACUAGGUAAGUAGAUAGUCUUGAUGAAUAAGUAGAUGACACAUACCAAUGAAUUCCAUACCUUUUCUAUGGUAUCCCUUCGAACGCUGGCACAGUUUGAGGCAGCGAGACGUGAAUCUUAGGAAUAGGAUGAGAUUUGAUUUGGACUUGUCUAACGGAAGUACAAUGGAAUUG